AUGUCCUAUGAAGAUGUUUUCAGAAUACUGCCGUGCAAUGGUACGUUUGAAGCAUGCACAGCCCUGGCACACCAGGACGAAGGCAUAGGCAACUAUAUGGUCACAGAAUAUUCGGAUGAAAGCAUGGAGCUGUCUAUUGCUAUCACCGAUGUCGCUGUACCGGCUAUAAGCUCGGCAAAG